AUGACCCUUGACAUUAAGAAGCACUAUCUUGACUUUGAAAAGGCUUUCCACGCUCCUUUCGAUGAGAUGGGCUCCAAUAAAGAAUCUGACUCUCACAUCGCCCAAUCUGUUUCCAAUGCGCUAUCUAACACUUUUGCAAACUCGAAAAACACGCAUGAGCGAGAGGUCGAUGGCUAUCAUCCAAUCAAUACAACUGGUCCUACCAAACACAUGGAGGUGGAUAGAGGAGUUCUUGAUGUCGAUAACUUUUCCCUAAACAAAUCUCGGUUGCAAACACGGCGUGAUGAGCUGGAACGGGAACGCACAGACAUGAACCAACUUCAAGUAGCUUGGUUAGAAGCUGUUGAAGCGUUGAGGACCGGCAAGGCCUGGAAAGGAAUGAAUGAGAAGCAGAAGUCUGCUUACGACAGAGCUAUAAGAUUUCGAGCUCGUUCUACAACUCCCCAUCCCGACAGCUAUUGGAUCUGCAUUGAAAAGUAUGCCGCUCGCAUAUUUACUGUUAUCGAGGAAUUGGAAGCAGUGGGCAUUUCGACACAGAGCGCAGACCUACAUAAUAUUUUGAGCAAAGCAGAUCGGGCGUUGGUUCUACCACUCGAGCAAUGUAGAAGAAUGGACCGCCGCCUUCAUAUUGUCGAGCUCCUGGAGAUUGAGUGCCUGGGCCCCUGUGGUGAGUCGAAGGGUUUUCAUCAAUUCAGCAAAGAUCAGAGAGCUAAAGAAACCAACUGGUGCUUGGAAUGUGUCAAGUCGAAGGAUAUCACCGAUCAAAAGGAGAAGCUCGAAAGAGCCAUUGCCAGGAGGAGGAAUGAUACGGUCAAAAUUGGGCAAGAACCAAGAAAACUCUGGGCUCCGGAGGUUGCAAUUGAGGUCAUGCAAGAGCUAACCGUGGGACACACCUCCGUGAAUUCAGCUCAUUGCUCAGGUGCGCUGUCUGGUGAAGAUAUCCCGUCCAAAGAUUCACUUUCCGAUAUCCAGACCACUGGAAAAAAGGCCGUGGUAAAUUCUGGAAGUGCUGUUAAUGCUGGCAAUACUGUCACAACACAUGAGGCCCCCGUCACCGAUAUGAAGCCAACUGACACUACCCCACAUCCCAAGGAGACCCUCUAUUCUCAAGCCCAGGAUAUCAUCACCAAUGUUCCAGGUGUCAAAGCCUCUCCCACUCACUUGCCUCACUCAAACGCUAAUCUUUUUCAACAUCAAUCUUUUGGUAUGACCAACAACAACAUUUCUGAUCUUGCAGAGACGCAUGUAGGUUUAGCGAAUGGCACCAGUUUAAACCACAAGUACAGUACACAAGACUUGGAGGCUAUGAAAGAAAAGGAAUUGGUAACAGCAAACACUCCAAUGCGAGAAUGCAGCCCAUGGGUCUUUGCUAUCGAAAAUACCUUACCUUGCUGGAAACAAGCUGGAUUCACAGGUUGUUUUAAUCUUGAUGGAAAACUCUACUCGAGCAUUACAUCUCCUGUUGUUUUUCGGCAGUUGAACGAUUCCGGAUUCUCCGAUAAAUUGCUGCGAGCUUUGAUGACUAAGAGUCUUCAACAACAGUCUGUUACUAUCCCUUUAUUUCCAAACAAUGAUGAGAAGUGGAGAUUACCUAGGUUUAUUCUCAAUGGACAGCUCUGCGAGAGACGUCGCUAUGCAAUGCAGUUACCAGUGCCGACUAAAAAGCGCAUUCCACUCGUACUAGCCGACAGAGAUUUAGACCUCGUUAGUGAUGCAGAAUGGAAGAUACUUGCUGAGUCCGAGUCAUUUUCACUUUCUCUUGCAGAGUGUAGUUCGAGGACUGAGCAGGCUUCUGUUAAAAAUGAACAAAAAUUUUCGAGCUUCUCUCAUCAUGUGAGUGACCAUUACACAGAGCUAAAGCUUCUCCAACACUCCAGCCCUCCCAAGGUGCCAAUGCAGACAGAUUCACACCGUACUUAUGGAUCGGAGUUGCCCCAUUCCCCUUAUUACGACACAUUUACGAGUCUGUCUACUCACGCACCAUCCGCCUCCUUGGGUAUCGAAACUCAAGAUAUGACGUAUGAGGCUCGUAAAAAAGUGCUAGCCUCUGGAGCUUCGCCUAAAUUCAACGAGGAACAGAUAGCGGAAAAUGCCAAAACCUUCAACAAUAUUGGUAUACAGCACACUGAAAUAAGUCCGGUAGCCGAAGCUUGUGCUGGUCUUAAAGCUCACCAGAAGACAAUACCCAGCAAAGUUUCACCACCAACACGCCAUGAACAGGUGGGCAAUUUAGAUGGUUUUGAUGGCUAUAGCGCUUCUCAAUAUGCUAAACAGCGACCAUCGAGCUCUUACUAUGCUAAAUGGGAGGAAAACCAAAAGACAAUGCCCAAACCGCAGAACGAUUUCAAUGUUCCCAUCAAUUAUUUUGACUCUCGAAUUGCCGAGAGAUCAAUAAAUAGUUGUGAUGCUUAUGAGGAUGAACAUCGAAACGCCAUUUAUAAAAAAGAAGAGCAGAACAAGUUCGAUGCUACGUCUGCCGGCUCACAUUUGCAAGAUUAUGCCAUCAGAAACCUGGAGAACCGUGAGCGUGCAGAUGUCAAACGACAAGAACGAGAAUCAGCAACGAAUCGAGAGUCAACUGAAAUUGUACACAAUGAUUUCGCCAAGACUGAACUUGCUAACACCGAGGUCGCUGUCGUUAGUGAGAUGCCUGUGCCCACCAGUCCAGGGGAGCUUGAUGCACAUACAUUCACUCUUGACGUCGCCAAACUUGGGGAAGUACCUCAAGCUCAAAAUGUAGAGCUUAUUAUUACAGAAACAAACUUUGCACAUGAAGUUAAUGAAGAUGAGUAUGACAACGACGCAGAAUCCGAAGACUCAUGGACCAUGGCUGAGGAGGAAGGCGUUAAUGAAUUUAAGGAGGUUGGAGAAUGGGAGAUGCUCUAG